AUAUUCCCUUGCUUUUCCGGAGAAGGCUGUGCUCUGCCGAGAGGUUCUCCAGCAACCCUCCCCUCUCUUGCGCUGCGAUGGAGGCGGACGGCGGUGCGGCGCCGUCGCAAGGACAACUGGCUCCUCCUGCAGUGGAGGCGGUGGCCCCGCCGAAGGUUGAGAGGCUCAACCCAGUGGUUCAGCAGCAGCUAAACCUAGAGUCUGUCAAGACCCGCGCGCUGGGACUCUACAAGACUAUCUCUCACAUCCUCGAAGAUUUCGAAGCUUUCGCUCGCUCCAAUACCACCCCCAAAUGGCAAGAUGCACUUGGGCAAUUUUCAAUGGUGAGUAUGGAUCUCUUCAACAUAGUGGAGGACAUUAAGAAUGUAUCUAAGGCAUUUGUGGUCUACCCAAGAAAUGUAAAUGCCGAAAAUGCAACAAUAUUACCUGUGAUGCUGUCGUCAAAGUUGUUACCAGAGAUGGAAGCAGAGGAUACUACAAAAAGAGAGCAAUUAUUACUUGGGAUAUCUGGUCUCCCUGUACACAUGCAAAUUGAAAAGUUGAAGACUAGAAUUGACAUGAUUGGAGCAGCUUGUGAAGCUGCAGAGAAAGUUAUAUCUGACUGUCGUAAAGCUUAUGGACUGGGAUCACGUCAAGGACCAACACUUGUUCCAACCUUGGAUAAGGUACAAGCUGCAAAAAUUCAGGAACAGGAGAAUCUACUCAGAGCAGCGGUUAAUUUUGGUGAAGGUUUCAGGAUUCCCAUUGAUCAGAGGCAACUUCCUACUUCUCUUCCUAGUCAUUUGGCAGAUGUUCUUUCGUUUGGUGAUGGUGCACAAAAUUUGGGUGAUAAUGCUGGUGCUUAUGGGAAAAACACAUCCUCGUUUUCAUCUAACCAAGGAGUACUGCAGACUGCUGGAGGGCAGUUGAUUGGAAGAUCUGUUCCAUCACCAUCCAAUGCUGUUUCCUUCGAUAAUGCUUCAACACCUCCUAUGGCAUAUGCUAAUUCACCUAGAUCUGGUACAAACAUUAUGAAUACUCCGUCGCCACAGCAACAGGUACAACAGCAGCAACAACAGAGACAGAAGAUUUUGCAAUUACCACAUCAACAACAGCUUCUGGUGCAACAGCAGCUGCGUCAAUCUUCAGCCGCAGGGGUACUGGGGCAGGGUGUGAUGUCUCAACUACAUGAUUUAACAGGUCAAACUCAGCAAAAGCUGCAACAGCAUCAAAUGUCAUAUUCUCAGCCUAUGUUGCAGCAGCAAUUUCAGAAUCGGCAAUUGCAAACAUCACACAUGCCUCAUAAUAUUGCACAGAAUCAAAUCAACCAAGGAAGCCAGCUGAGGAGUCACAUAAACCAGUUCUCUGGAUCUGCAAACAGUGCUUUAUUCAAUGCUGCCCAAAGUUCACCAAACUCUCAAAUGAUUACAAAUAUGUCAGCCUCAAUGCAAUCUCAGUCACUUUUGCCACGGAUUCAGUUUGGUCUAACUGGAGGGCACACACAAAGGAAUCAUCCAUCCCAGAUGCUUAAUGAUCAGAUGUUUGGAAUGGGCCCCUCAAAUCCUGCAAACAUGAUAGCAAUGCAGCAGCAGCAACAAGGUGGAUUUGGAAAUAUUUCAACUCACACUCAAAACCUGCAAUCAGGGAUGGUAAACCUUCCAAAUACGACACAGAAUCCUAACUUUCCUCAACAGAGACAGCAGAAUCAAUCGUAAUCAUCACACACACAACAGACAACUUUCUUUACAGACUGGAAGCUGUUAUGUAAUCUAAAAGUAGUCGAUUGAGCGAUCGAGGUAUCACUUUCGCCUACCCCUGCGAUGCAACGAGAAUCUUAUCAAGAAGGUCAAAUUAGCAGAAGCUUUGUUUAUCCACUUGUAACAUCUAUAUUCUAGAUAAAUCAUAUGUAGCUGGAUGUAAGAUAUUCUCAGAUGUAUUUUCUAGUAUUAUUUAAUGUAACCAAGUGUAGCCAUAUCAUCUAAUGUAAUGUUGUAUACGAAAGGGAGUAGAGUAUUUUAGUUUUA